AUGGCAAGCGCCCCACUCCAGAUAACCUUUGAAGGGUUUAUCAAAUCCACUAUGGAUGCUCUAAUGAUCUUCGAAGCCUGCUUGAAUGGUACCCUUCGGCAUGCGGCUCGACGACCACACGACCGGGAACGCCAGGAGCUGAUCAGAAGCGGAUCGGUCUUCGUCUACGAAGAAAACUCCUCCGGGAUUAAGCGCUGGACUGACGGCGUCACUUGGAGCCCAAGCCGAAUCUUGCAAAACUUUCUGGUGUACCGGGAACUGACCCAACCCUUCCCACCUGGACAGAAGAAGCAGGCUAUGAAGAGGACAAAGAAGCCACAGACUGGGAUUACCAAGGCCUACAACAAUCAGCGGUCGCGGGCCACAAGUUUCUCCAACAUGCCCAAUGGCGCUGGUUUCGAUACUGGCGCUGGUUUCAAUACUGGCGCUGGUUUUGAUGCUGGUGCUGGUCUUGAUGCUGGUGAACUUGGGGACGACACCCGGGAACUUGUAGGGUCACUCAUUGACUCCUACGACUUCAAGGCUACUGGUCUUGUCAAGAAGACUAUUAGCAUCACGUACAACGGCAUCCAACACCACCUCGUCAGCUACUAUACUGUUGAUGAUAUCAAGGCAGGACGACUCAUGAGGCCUUGCGACCACCCCGCAGUUCGGAAAGUCUUUCCUCGGGAAGAUCUCAUCAGCUCACAGAAUUUCCGGGUGCCGAUACAUGAUGAGCUAGUUGGAGAGGAGGAGAGACAAUUCCUACACUCACGAGAGGCCAUUAUACCACGUGAUCAGUUCUAUACUACCGCCAGCUAUCCCGUCAACUACCAACACCAACACCAACCCAUCUAUCAGUACUUCCCGCAGCAUUAUGACACCGCACCACUCCCUAAUGCCCCCACACUCCCUAAUGGCCACACACUCCCUCAUGGCCACACACUCCCUAAUGGCCACACACUCCCUCAUGGCCACCAACCUCAAGGUUUUGGUGUUGAGCACCAGCAGCAUAUCUAUGCCCCGCAACCCCCGCAACCCCCGCAGCCCCCCCACAACCCCAACAACAACAACAACAACAACAACAACAACCCUUAUGGCGGCCCUCCUCCUCCUCCGGGGUCUUCUUUUCCCGGGUCAAACAACUACAAUCCUCAUAACGGCUUCAUGUAA